GAGGCCAACACAAUGGAGCGGGCACCGCGUGUAAAUCAGUCGUUGCUGAAAUUACGCGAUAAAUAUUAAAUGAGUUGCACCCACACCAUGCGGGGCGCAAUCGCACCCCCAGCGACGAACUGGUGCUUCCAUCGGUGGUCCAGAGAGUGAGCGCGACUGGAGCCUCGGUGUUUGCAUUUCUGUGUGGGAUGCUGCGAUUUUUCCCAAAGUGCGUGCGCCCUUGCGCUCGCCUGCUCGCUCGCUCCGUGGGCGCCGAAGGGCGCAGUUGCUAAAAGGCAGAUAAAGUACACAGCAGCCAGUGUUAGAGGGGUGAGAUAUAUAAAUUGAGGGGGUGAAUUGGAGUCGCAGCGAGAGAGAGAGAGGAACAGCUUGGCGAGAGGAGGAGGCAGCAGGGGCAUCUCUCGCGCGCACGGGCAGGGUCAACCCCUUCUUGCAGUUGCCUGGGGUCACUUUCGAGCUCGACACACAAACACCCGCUGCCGCUUCACCUGCUCCACUGCACCAACCACACACACCACCGAAAGUGCUCUUCAUCGACGGCGACUCCGCAGCUCUCAGCAUCCGACGCCAGGCCGGAAAAUCGAUGGAAAUAGGUCCUAAACCCAACCGCCGAGGGAAAUAAAAAUGGAGACGGCCACGUCAAAGAGAUACUUCGACACAGAUCCACUGGGCCGUGGCUACGAGGCGCACAUCGACGUGGGCACACAGGCUGACAUUCGACCGCCGCGGCCCGACGUGAACGCCAGUUACUCCGACGACGAGUACUCCAGCAACAGGAACAGAUCGGUGAGCGGACUAUGGGACUCUGGGCGUCGUUACCUGUCACGCGUGACCUCCACCCGAGCGACCGGUCCACAGCAUUAUUCCCGACAGGACUUCAUGGAGCAGUACUGCGUCACCCCCCACCAGCUCAAAGCCCUCGACAAAAUCGCCAACGCCGUCAACAACCACCAGGGAGGAGGAUUAUUUGGCUGCCUCUCCAGCAAUCAACAGGGUUCACCGUGUAGCAAAUCGUCCCUCCUGUCACUAUGUGUGGGUCGGCAGAGCAACGGGGCCGAGGAGAUGGCACAGUAUUGGCCCCAAAAGCCGCCCAGAUCAUCGCACCUGCCUCCUGCUCCACCGCCGCCCGCAAACCCGGCCGGACGUGGUGGACGAGGAAGGUAUCAGUGGGUACCUGAGCAGGCCGAAGAAGCGUACCAUAGCUUGGAGCGCCCACGGCCGAUACCCAUCGCCGGAUUUCCGACGCAGGACUUCAACAAGGGUGGCGAGGGCAGCGGCGGCCAGGGUAGGCUCAUCGGCCAGGGCAACAUGAAAAUCACCGAGGAGCAGAUUAGACAGGCGCAGGCCAGAAUGCGCGGUUUCAACCACACAGAACCCAACACGCCGCUCAGCUCGAGAAGGGGACACGCGCUGGACAUCGACGAUGGAAGACGGGGCAGCAAACAUGUCAGUUUUAUGGAGCACAGAAGCGGACUUGUGCGCUCGCAAACGACGUCCAGCUUCGAAGAGGCCCAUUUGGGCGCCGCAGCCAGGUGGCGCAUGGCCGCAGCUCGGAGUCAAGAGCGACUCCUCGACGGGCCCAUGAUCAAGCCCAAGAAGGCGAAUUACUGCUUCACCCACGAAGAGGAGUCGCCCGCCAAAAAGACUGUGAUUAUGGAAAAGCUGAAGAGGGCGGCCAUGAAGACCCAGGCCACGCAGACGGAACUGCCGCUGCCUGCGGUGGUGCAGAAGCCGCCCAGAGAAAAACGACACCACCACCACCAGCACCACCAGCACGGCUAUUUGUCACUCAGCCCGCGCUCCAUGCACAAAUCAACGCAGGCCCAACGAACGAGAAUAAUGAAGAGUUACUCGGCGUCUUGCGGCGGGAGCACGGCCGCCCAGUCGCAAGCCUCUGACAUCUCGUGCAUAUCCGGAAGCACUUCUGGCUGGGAGCACAUGCAAGACAGUGCUGACGACGACGACCACGAGGAACAGCCCUUCAAAGACCGCCCUUUCAUGCAAAGAUCGCAAUCGGCGCAGCCAUCCACGCGACACAAGUGCCAAGACAAGAGAGACUUGUCGCCGCGCUACAAAGAGAUUUUCAUCGAUUUCGAGCCAAAUCCAAACAAAGUUUCGCCCCAACCAUCCCCCAAAUCAAAGAGACCCCUCCACAAGACCCUUUCUGAGGGCGAAAUCCUGCUCGAGAGGAGGAGAAUCCAGCACUCUGAUUAUAUUGAUAGGCAAUGCGAAUCAUCAGCAACCGUGGAGGACGCAGAACUUUAUGGGCGUCAUUUCGAUCCAACCUCUCCUCCUUGCUCACCGCAAAUGCCCUUAGCCAAAAAGUCUUCCGAGGGCACGGAUGGCACCAACGGCAGCAUGUUCAGUUCAUCAUCCCUGCUCGACGAAGAGGAGUUCCACGAAAACAUUCUUAUGAGAGAGGGCCUUUUUGGCAAAAGACGAUUGUCCCUAGACGGCCGUUCCGUCGGUCGAUCCGAAGACUCAGAAUUUUCAGACGAUCGAGGAGCGGAUGAGGUUGAAAGAAGACCUCAGAGCCAGCCUGCAACUGUGAUAACCACUUCAGGUUUGCUUCUGCUGCCAGACACCAGUAAGCAAACAGGAGGUUCUUCCUGCGACUCUCUGUCGGUCAGUGGCUACACCGGCAGUCAGCAAAACACGUGGCGCGAAUCGCAGGCCACCGUGAUUGGAAUUAAUAAUUCCGACCUAGAGAACAUGGGCAGCACGUCCGAAGUAUCAUCUGGAUCAAAUCAAAAGCGUGGAAUUCUGAUCGUGAGCCAACAGCAAAAGCCCCUGGAGGCUGAAUUCACUGAGGAGGAUGAAUCAGUCAAACCACCCACAGAAAGGAGAAAAUCUGCUUCUCCCCAACCGCCAAAGCCUGUGUCUUCGCCAUUUUCUAACAAAGCGUCUCCGUACCAAUCGCCAUCUCUUCUGCGACCUUCACCAGCCUGCAUGGAUGUGUCUGAAACUUCUGAGGACUACGUUACAGCCACAGACAAUUCAGGGGCAACGGAUUCCAGCUCCAGACGCCUUGGGCCUGAUGGACAGCAUGAACCCUCAGGAACGUCUUCCAGCAACCUGGGUGAGGGGGGCAGUUCUUUUGAAAGUGCUUCAUCCAUGCACAGCAAAGAUGAGGUGCCUCUUGAAGCAUCCGAGCCAAUGGGCGGCGAUUCGACGCCGACCCCGCGCCCGGACUUGAUCGAAUGCUCGGCCAAAGUUCCUGCCGAGUCUGCGUCGUUAAGUUCACCCAGCGCUGAAAGCAGCAGUAGCCAAGGAAGUUACAGUCUGCAAGGAAGCUCGGCGGCCGACGCUGACCAAGCGCAUUCGUCGCCCCACCUCGCUGAAAAAUCUAAAGCGAAAGUGCCCUUUGAUGUUUCCACCGUUGAACAAAAGCCCACAAUUCAACAACCAACCACAGCACAAUGGGGUGACGAAGAGAGAACAAAGGCUAAACGCGGCUUCAAGCUCGACUUGCCGAGCACCCCGUCGCCCUCUAAAAACGAAACGGCCAUCCCUGUGACAAAGCCGCCGCGCAGAAAACACAGGCACCCUGUUGAGCCUGCAGAAGUGACAACUCCGGGAAUGGUGAGGUCCCCAGCAAUGCAUCAAGGCUUCCGAGCUGAAGACUGGGUUGUGUCAAGAUCCUCUCCGAGCACUUCCAUUCCACCAACUAUUUCCAACAUUCCUCCGUCAGAGCGAAUUUCCCCUCAAACUGCAACAAUGGCUGUGUCACCUGGCAGCAGGAGGCUGCAAGCAAUGCGGCGCAAUUCUUCAAGCAGCAGCAGCAGUGAUGAGGGAAAUGUGCGCCGCACCCCCAGUCCUUCAGGUCGAAGUCCGACUAAUUGUAAAACCCUUCCGAGAGCCAGUCCGAGAAGAAGACCUGCCAGAAGUCCGACGGCCAGUCUUCAAAGACCUAUUAGGCGGAAGAGCGUUUCCGAUGAAACCAAGGGAAUCAGCACAUCUCAAACCGCCCUGCCCGCCGUCACUUACACAGCCAGUUCGGUUCGGAGAAAGUCGGCGCCUAAAAUCUGCUCGCCAGUCAAAGUCGUUUUCAUCUCAGGUCCCGACGGGAAAAUCGUGCCCCCAGAGAAACUGCUGUCGCCCCACCCGCACCACAAGUUCCACAGUCUCGGCAGAAAAUCUGGGUCUAAUAAGACGAGUCCGGUACAUGUAGUAAAAACUGCUGUAAGUGCCGAGAGUCUGCGUUCUGUCAGUCCAGGGAGUGACUCUGUGUUUUACGACCCACAACUCUCAGGUUCCCCAUCAACUGCAAUUGGAACAGACACAUCACCUCAAGCAACUCAGUCAGAGGCCGCGCCAGCUAACGGGGAUGCCUUUAUUGUCAAACCGCCAGAAGGUUUUGGCGACUCUCCCGAAGGUCCCAAAAAACCUGGUGGAAGGUUGUAUAAGAAAUUGGAAAAAAGGCGUUUUAAGUCUGAGGAAAGGGAAAAGGGUUCCUGCAAUCACCAGCACAAGGAGGGCACAGGGACGCACCCUCGGCGGCACCAACACAGGGCGUGCAAACACGCCACCGCCAGGGCUAAGUCUGAAGAGCGGCGAGGAGAGAAAGGCGAUAACACCAAGGUUGCUUCUUCGAGAUCGGCAAACUCAAGUUUGGAGUUGUUGCGCGCGUCAGGAAGUUCUCCAAACAUGCAGCCUGAAAAUCCAGACGAGAUUGGUGUGAUUUACGGCUCUUACAGAACCGCCUUUUGGCUUUACAUUUCCCCUAGAGAUGAGAAACUUGUGUGGAAAAAACCUUUGCCAGCCACACCAAGUGGUUCACCACCCACAUCUCCAGACGGCUCAACCUGCAGCGAGAGGGAUUUCCGGCGCCGUUACCAGGCAGUAACUCAUCGGAUGGUGCACAGAAGGGCCAGCGCCGAAAUGUUUGAGCGACUGGCGGCCAGAACGUUUGAAACUGAGCAGACCGUGACUGUGCGAAAGGGUGAUGGCGAAUUUGGAUUCCGCAUCCACGGUUCGCGGCCCGUGGUCGUGUCGGCCAUCGAGCCGUCCACCCCGGCCGAGAGCUCUGGCCUCGAGGUGGGUGACAUCGUGAUCAGCGUCAACGGCGUCAACGUCUUGGACGCGUCCCACUCCGAAGUGGUCAAAAUCGCCCAUGCAGCUGGUAGAGUUCGCAUGAUUUUAGGCUCCGAGGUGCUGCAGCUCGAGGUGGCCCGCACCAGGCACCUCAUCAGCCCCGACGAGAGCGACUCGCCCGAAAUCGUCGUUGGGGUUGAGAGGUGUGGACACUUGAUGAAGAAGACGCCUACUGCCGGACAGUGGGUGCACCGAUGGUUCGUCCUGCGAUACGAUGGAUGCCUUUAUUACUAUAAAACGCCAUCAUUGGAGAGUCGACCGUUGGGAGCAAUCUUGGUGUCCCAAUUCACCGUGUCGGCCCCUGACCCCGCAAUCCUUCCCGAGGGUGCCAACGACCCCCGGUGGCUCAUCCGCCUGCUCAAGGACGGCAUCCUGGCGAUGACCCUGAGUGCAGACAGUCAGGCUGAGCGGGACCAGUGGCUGUCCAGCCUUUACACGGCUGCCACCACUCCAAUCAAGUGGGAAGACCGUUUGGUGAACAGAGGCACUUUGGGCCUGAACCCGUCGGACAUUAUUAACCCAGACUGCUUCGGAUUCCUCAACAAACUCGGACGGCGCUGGAGGAACUGGAACCGCCUCUAUUGUGUCCUCAAAGAUGCGUGUCUCUUCCUUUUCCCUACUCCAGACUCACCCCGAGCCUCAGGCCUUCUUUGCCUGCAUGGUUAUCGAGUGCAGACUGCAAGCGCCGGCGGCAAAAGAUUCGCCUUUGAUCUCUUGGCGCCAGAGUCCAAGCAAAAGCAUUUUUACUUUCACACUGACACUGAACUUGAUAAGAAAAGGUGGAUGGCUGCGUUGGAGUACAGCAUUGACAGAUGGCUGAAAAUCGCCUGAAUUGCACCAAAAUCAGCCUUGUUCCUGCAUCAUAGUUCGCAAAACUGAUUUUAAUUGAAAAAUAGCUCCCAAAAAAAAAGAGACGGAAUCAAAAGGAACCUGUAGGAGCAAAAUUUAUAAAAAAAAAAUUAAUGUGAUUUGUGUUUUUAUGUCAAUGAAAAAAUUCAGCUACUCUAAACAUGAUAUAUAAAUUUAACAAGUCUUAUACAUAAUUGGAAAUUGUUACACCCUAUUGAAUAAUUACAUAAAGUAUAUUUGGAGGUGGAAAAAAUGUAUUCCUUUCUUGCCAGCGAGCAUGAUGUUUAUGGUUAUAUUGACAAUUAUUCACUAAGCGCAUUGUUUCUAAAAGAUAGUAGCUGUACAUAAACUAUUUAACACUUAACACGCAAAGCACUGGGAGAAUCGUUAUCCAAAGUCACCAUUUUUAACAUUAGGUGUUUAGGUGUAACAAAAUAUUUUUAUGUGCCCUCUGCUAUUUAAAAGUUUAGAGAUAAAACAAACGAGGCCUACUAAUAACGUAUGUUUAAAGAGAGAAACCAGAAAUACAUUAAUUUUCAGUAAAUUUAAUUUAACUUAUCAAAAUCAAAUUCAAGCUCACCGUUUUUGCCCAUGGAAAAUUGUUGCAGUUAAUUGUUUAAAAAUUAGUGCUGCUUUUCAUCGCUUUAAUUAGACAUUAUAAACUAUUCUGGAUGUAAUGUUCCUUUUUAGAGAAAAAAAUUGAAUAAUCAACAUUUUCUUUUUGAUUUGAAAGUUAAAAAGUGUUUCGAUAAUAAAACAAAGUGGAUAAUUAACGUGAUGUGUACUCAGAAUGUGAUAAAUAUUAGGGCUCAAAGAGAACUAUUGAUCAAUGUGCAUAUCUCUAGAGAGGUGGUGAGUUUGCAUAACGACCCUGGGGCCCAGAUUAAAAGUAAGAAACAAAAAAUGCCGCUGAAAUAAAAACGCCAAAACGGAUAAUUUUACUGAGAGAGAAAUUUUAUGCCAACACACACGGCCGUGUGGGUGGAAUCGUAUGCGGGUAUAUCAAACAACACACACGCAUUGUAACUAAAAAUUAACAGACACACACAAAGAGACUUAAACGAAAAAUCCUUUAAAAAAGCGUUAAUGAUAAAAAGAAAAACAAUGAAUGGUGCCAAAAAGAAUUUUUACGUAGGAGUAAAAGUUUAAAUAUAUCAAAAAGAGGAUGUAUGUUGGAAUGUUUCCAAAGUCCAGGUUCAUGUACAAUAUUGACCUGAAGAGAAUAUUGAGAGAUAAAAAAAAAUGUGACUAAACUGCCAAAAGUUUAUAAUUCUAUAUCAUGCAAAAAUGUAUGUUACAUGUACCGGCAUAUAUAUGGAAGAAUUAGAAAUAGUUUAAAAAAUGGCCAAGCACAAAUUAAGCAUUGAUACAAAAUUCGGCAAAGGGUGCAAAAAAUCACAUUUUGCUUUUGAGAAGAAAAUGCAGAUGGAUUCAUCAGAUUACUCAAAUAGUGAUCACUAUAUUUAAUCACUUCUAAGAGUGAAACAUUCCUGAAAUGGAAAUUUUUAAAUAUUAUACAUUUUUAAAUGUGUGCUUGAUCGGCGCAUUCAUGGCGCAAAAUGAAAUGGCGAGAGUAAAAAAUAUUGUAUUAUGCGCUGGAAAAAUAUUUUCUUUUGGAUCUGCUUGGAUUGUGUGCAAAUACACAAAAAGUUUGUUUGUUUUAUGGACCGGUGUUUCUAUGAAUAUUAAAUUUUCAUUUAUUAUGAUAUGACGCUUUUAGUGCGAUUUUGGCAACUGUGGGGUUGAUAUUAUUCACGUGGGAAACAAAUAGAACUGUUGCAAAAUGUUGCUACGGGAAAAGCGCUGCAUUUCUUUCCUGUUCAUCAAAAUUAAAAAUGUUAUACAUUCAAAGAG